GCCAGCUGCCGGUCCCCGCACUUUGUUCCCGUGCUGCUGCUGCGUGUGUCGCGAGACGGCCGUGGGAGGUAACGUCGAACAUACUUAGCCGAGAUAAGAAGAAUCCCGCCUUCCUGAUGGAGAGACCCAGCGCUCGUCCCGUGGUUAUUGCCGUCCUGGACGGCGUGGCUGCUAGACUGUAGUCAAGACACUCCUCGCGACGUUUCUCCCACCACGAUUCCCAGCGGCUUUUCGUCUUCAUCAAGGAGUAUCCUUGUGCCCAGCGUAGCAUUUUUAUUUUUUAUAUUUUGUAUUUUUUUUUACCGCUGGUCCAAUCAUGGCCGAAAAGCUCGACACGAUUGACGGAUCCGGUGGCGGCGAGAUCGCGCCCGACCUGUCGGACCGAGACCGCGAGAAGACGCCGACGCAAACAGGGACGCACGAGCGCAUCAGCGGUCAGAUCCCGCACGAGAUGCUGGAGGUGUUGGCGCCCAAUGGGGAGGGCGACUACAUCUUGGAAAAGGUCGACAGCCUGAGCCGAGAGGAAGCGCUGGCUAUCGUGGCCGAGGCGUACCGGUUCUACAGCGACGACUGGAAUUUCCCGUCCGAGAUGCGCGACCGCAUGGGCCGCCUGAUCGCCGAUGGCCCAAAGCAGUACGGCGAAUUCUACGACCGCGACCUGCGUGUCGACGCCGUCAUGUUGCGCUACUCGUCGCCUUACCCCGGCGUGCGCGCCGUUGCCGACCCGCGCGAUGAGCCGACCGUGCCCAUAGAGACUGCGAGGGCCUAUUUCCUCGGCAUUUCCUGGGCCGUCAUUGGCACCUUCAUGUCGACCUUUUUCAACAGCCGGUUUCCAUCCAUAUCUCUCUCGGGUUCUGUGAUCCAAAUCUUGCUCUUCCCAUGCGCGAAGCUGCUCGAAUUCGUCCUGCCAGACUGGGGCAUCACCGUUUUCGGGGUGAGGCACUCGCUAAACCCCGGGCCUUGGACUUUCAAAGAGCAGAUGUUCGCUACCAUCACGUAUAACAUCUCCAUCUACACGACAAACUCUUACGGCAUGAUCCUGGUGCAGAAACUGGACCUCUAUUACGGGCAGACCUUUGUGACGUUUCCGUAUCAACUGAUGCUCACUCUCUUUGUACAACUAAUGGGCAUGGGCUUUGCCGGAUACCUACGGCGGUUCUCGGUCUACCCUGUCAAGGCCCUCUGGCCGACCAUCCUCCCGACCAUCGCUAUGAACCGCGCCCUGACGCGGCCCGAGCCCCGAGAGAACAUCUACGGGUGGACCGUCUCGCGGUACAAGUUUUUCUACAUCUGCGCGGGCUCCAUGGCCGUCUACUACUGGCUGCCUGGGUACCUGUUCACGGCGCUGUCGACCUUCAACUGGAUGACGUGGAUCGCACCGCAGAACAUCACGCUCGCCAUCCUCACCGGCUCAUCGCUGGGGCUGGGCCUGCUGAACCCGCUGACCACGUUUGACUGGAACGUGGCGACCACUUCGUACGCCGCGCUGGCCCGCCCCUUCUUCUCCACCUGCACCGAAUACUGUGGCUCCAUCCUGGGCGCCUUCAUCAUCCUGGCCAUAUAUUACUCCAACAUGUCGUACACGGCGUAUCUGCCGAUCAACUCGUCGUCGGCUUUUGCCAACGACGGGAAGCCCUACAAUGUGCAAAAGGUCGUGGUGGACAACAAGCUCGACCAGGUGCUGUACCAAAACUACUCACCGCCCUUUUACUCGGCUGGCUACAUUCUCACAGUAGGAGCCAACUUUGCCUUCUACCCCGUGUACUUCCUGUACAUCAUGGCAAAUCAGUGGCGCACCGUCGGGCAGGCGUACGUUGACUUCUACAGAGGCCUGCGCCACGGCAAGGGUAACUACGAGGGCGCCAUGGACAUACACAGUCGCAUGAUGGCGCGGUACCCCGAGGUGCCCGACUGGUGGUUCUUGGUGAUCCUGCUGGGCGCCAUCGUGGUGUCGGUCGUGUUUCUUAGCAUCUACCCGCUCGACACGCCCGUGUGGCUCGUGUUUGUCAUGAUCGGCAUCAAUAUCAUCUUCGCCGUGCCGCUGUCCCUGCUGUCCGCCACCACCGGGACCAACCUUGGGCUAGGCGCGCUGGUCCAGGUGAUCACGGGCUUUGUGCUGCCCGGCAAUCCCAACGCCUUCUUGUUCGCGCAGACGUUGGGCAGCUGGGCCCUCGCAGGGUACGCGGACAACUAUGUGCAGGACCAAAAGAUGGCGCACUACGUGAAGAUCCCACCGCGGGCUGUGUUCCGCAGCCAGAUCGGCACCAUCAUCAUCACUUGCUUCGUCGCCGUAGCCACGCAGAACUUCAUCCUCGAGAACGUCAAGGGGCUGUGCACGCCGGAACAACCGUCGCGUUUCACAUGCGCCAACGACGGUGCGCCGCUGUACGCCAGCUCGCUCAUGUGGGGGCUCCUUGGUAGCAGUCGAAUGUUCAACGAAAUCUACCCCUUGUUCAAGUGGUGCUUCUUGAUCGGCGCGGGCGUUGCCUUGGUGUUCCUGCUCGGCCAGGGCCUGGGCCCAAAGUACCUGCCUGCUGUCAAGGAGCGGCUGAGGGUGAGGCUGCGGCCGCGCACCUUUGCGCUGCUCGACCGCACCCUGUUCCCGUUUGUGGCGUCGCUGCUCUGGCUUAAUCCGAUUCUGAUUCUGCAGGGCGUGCAGCAUUGGGCCCCGUCCAACAUGGCGUACAAGACGCCGGGGUUCUUGCUGUCGCUGUUCUUCAUGUACUGGCUGCCGCGGCACCGCCUGGCAUGGUGGGAGAAGUACAACUACGUGCUUUCGGCGGCGCUGACGGCAGGCGUAGCCAUUAGCGCUCUAGUCAUGUUCUUCGCGGUGGGAUAUAACCCGGUGAAGCUUAACUGGUGGGGAAACACGGUCAGCUAUGCAGGCGUCGACGGCAAGAGUGUUGGCGUUCUGCCCAUUCCCGAUAGGGGUUAUUUUGGGCCCGAGAAGGGGAGCUUCCCGUGAGAUAUCUACCACGGGCCUAGUUAGUACCAAAGCCCAAGCUUCUGGCGGUAUGAUCAGAUCAAAUCAGUACCUAUUAUCACACA